AUGGCUUAUACUCAUAUCGUCUCGUUUAAGUUCAAGGAUGGCGUUAUGCCUGACUCAGUCAAGGAACUUGUUGAUAAGAUGCUUGUCUUGAAAGAAACAUGCAUCCACCCAAAAACAGGAAAACCAUACAUUCAAUCCUGCACUGGGGGUCGUGACAAUUCUGUUCAGGGACUUCAGAAAGGGUUUACACAUGUGUUUGUGGUCGGAUUUGACAUCAAAGAGGACCGUGAUUACUAUGCGUUGGAGGACCCCGUGCACCUCGAGUUUGUUAACUGGAGUGACUCGGUUGCUGCGGAUGUCUAUGCUAUUGAUUUUGUGGGCGGAGUAUUUGUCUAA